UACCGUGCAAACGUUUUAGCUGAGACUAUGGCUUGAUAGGGUUCGGCCUGUGAUGGAGUGGUGCAGUAGUCCAUUGGAACUGCCACAGGCAGUGCGGGAGGUGGACGCCGUCUCCUGGUCACAGGACCAGCGAAUUGCAGUCACCUCUUCUGCCAUUGUCUACAUACUUACUCUAACGAGGCAUCGUUCGUCUUCUUCUCUCCCUCUCUCCAUCACCACUGCCUCUCGUCUACCAUGUUCCCAGAACCCAGCUCCUCCCCCCUCCACUUCCCUCUAUCAACCCGCCCAGGACACCCUGGAUUUCUCCCUCUACUUUGACCCCACCCUCAUCCCAAGCCACACCCCCUCUGCUCACUGGGAGAGUGGGUGGAGCCCCGCAGGCUGCGACAUCAUUGGGGGGUGUCUUUUGUCAGUGUUGACUGUUGGUGGUGAGUUGUGGCUCCUCACCCCCCCUGGGUCCCAAGCCAUGAAAUGGCACGUUUCCACAAACCUUAAUGGACCAGAGCCAAACAAAUACAGGUACACCACAUUCCACUGGUUUCAGCAUAUCAUUCCUGCCAAGAAUGGAGUGGGCGGAGUUGCACUCGUUGCCUUGGCAACAAGGAGUUGCAUCCGAGUGGUAGCUUUGACGGUGCCAGUUCACAGGAGCAGAGAGCCAGAUUGGCAGGCAGUGUGGGAGGGGCAGGUGGAAGGAGAUGGAUGGCCAUGCAGAUUGAGAUGGAACCACACCCACUCCGCUGAUGGGAAGGUUCACCUGGCAGUGGGGAAGAACGGGGGAAAGUUGGUCAUUCUCUCGUGGCCUCUGCCGACAGAAUGGGGCGGAGCUAAUCAAUGGGCAGAGCCAGAUAUCACGGUGGUGUGGGGGGAAGAAGAUGGGAUGGCAGUUAGACACAUUGCAUGGCAGCUACAUCCGACAAACGAGGAGCUGCCAUGGCUUGUGUUUGCUAAAUCUUCAACUCUUAUUGCGGUGCAACUUCCACCUGUCCCAUCCGAGGAUAGACCGACCCAUAUUACCAUAUAUGGAGUCCACUCCCGCUCAGUGUCAGGGCUGACCUGUCUCCAUGGAAACCAGUUCAUUUCCUGUUCUCUGGACGGAUCUGUUGCAAAGUUCACACUCACUGAAUCACAUGAGAGUCAUGUGACCUCAACUGGAUCACAUGAGAGUCAUGUGACCCCGACGGCAGUGGAGAUAGGGACGGUGUGUGGUGAGAGGCAGAUGCAGGGUCUGGCAGUCUCUGAACAUGGACUCUUUGCUGCCUUCCUCACAAGUGAGGGUGGGGCAUCAGUAUCCAGCAAACAAAAGAACACCAGUCACCUUCAUUUCUCUCCCCUCCUUCCUCUCUCCCACAUUCAUCCAAACACUGUCAGUGUGUCAUGGGACUUCUGGGAAGCCAUAAGACAGCACCGUGUUUCCAAGCAACCGUUGCCCGAAAACAUACCAUCAUCUGCCGCAAGGGAGGAUGGGGAGGUGUGCUGAUGGAACAUGUACUGAGGGUACUAGGGGAGUGUGGGGUGAAGGAGGAGGAGAAAGGAAAACACACCAAAUGUGACCAUUAAUUAACUGAAUUUGACAACACCGUCACACAAUAUUAUUGCGCAUGCAUUUCUGCUUAGUUCGAAAAACUCAUUAAACAGCUGGUAUACUGCUGAUCUCUGCCGCUGCAGUGUCUUUGAAGAUAAUGUGUCAGUGGGUGGAGUCUAGUCAUCUUGCCCCGCCCCAUAUAUUGCCAGUCGCCGGGAUUAUACCGUGUGCAUGGCAACUGGAGAAUGGACCGGAGACUGAAACAUGUCCAGUCUGCCACACAGCUAUUCCCUCUUUACAAACCCUCGGAGUGAGACUUGUGCCAACGGACAUUCUUGGGAGAGGUGCUGUGUCACAUUGCUACUGGCAACUAGCUCCCUCUGUGGCUGUUGCCGUGGCUGUGGAGCCGUUUCCCACAAUCCACUUUCCCUCCCCACCGCCUCAAAUGGAUCAUGGUUCAGUCACCUUCUUUCAAAGGGAAGAUGCACUUUUUGUCGCAGCUUUUUUGAUCUAGUCACUUGAUCAUUCAUCAUUCAUUUUGUAUGUGUGCUGAAAAAUAAAUAACACAAAACAUACUAGAACAUUGGUUUAUUCUUUUUGUUCUGGUGGGGUGGAGUCUAUUUCUGAAGCUCCGCCCCCUAGUCGGCAGGUGGCUGGGACCAUACAAUGCUUCGCAGCGUCUCUCGAACGAUGCAGCCAUAGAGCGAGCGACUUCAUCAAACACAAUAUUUCCCAACUUGGCAUAGACAAUUGAGCGAAAUUCAAACAUUACCUGCAAACACAACAGACAAU